AACGCGCAGAGUGUAGAGAUGAGAGACGACGACGACGACGACAGGACGAGUAACUAGAUAAGGAACGUCGACAUAAUGGCAAUGGUAUUUCUGGAGUGACGGUUCUGUAACGAGGUCCGAAGCGCGCGGAAAUUCGGUAAAAUGACAACGUAAAUUUAUCGACGAAUACUUCAUUCGAGGUUUUUGCGACGAGUCGUUUACAUCCCUUGCAAAAAUGACGGACAAAGAAGAAGAUACGUUUUGUAAAAAAAUGCGAAAAGCUACAAGAGAAAUUCAUGCCAUCAGUGAUGCUUUGGUAAACGCAAAAUUAGCAUUCGUAGGAUUUCUCGAUGAUUCUGUAUGGGCUGAUGGUCUUCUGGUCUUCUACGAAAUUUUCCGCUACUUAGAAGGUGCUAUGAUUAGAUUAAAAAACACAAAAAUUGGAUUAUUACGACUUACCGAGUUACAGCGUACUGAGGCUUUUGAACAAGAUCUUGAAUACUAUUUGGGAAAGGGAUGGAUGAAAAACUAUAGUCCUAGAGACAGCGUUAUUAAAUACCUGAUGCGUUUAAGAGAGAUCGAAGACACCGAGCCCACUUUACUCAUGGCAUAUAUUUAUCAUCUUUAUAUGGGUCUUCUUAGUGGAGGAAUUAUUUUGCGACGGAAAAGGCAACUUAUGCAAAAAAUUUCACUUUUCAAAGAAGUAACUACUUGUGGCAAUAAUAUUACGGACUUUGGAAAUCAUAGCAUUUUUGAAUUAAAACAUGAUUUACGUGAAGCGAUGAAUAAAAUAGCCGAAACAUUGGAUGAAGAUACUAAGAAUAAACUCAUUGAAGAAAGUAAAAUAGUUUAUGCCUUAAACAAUGAGAUUAUUAGAAGUGUACGUGGUGCAGGCACUGUUAUCUUUAAAAAAUUAUUUUAUUUCAUUAGUGCACUCAUACUUAUUCUCAUUGUCUUCCUAGUCUUUUUUAAAUAAUAGCAAUAAUAAACCAUUCUCUAUGAUCUUUUCUAAAAUUAUGUGUAUAUAUUUUUACUAAUUGCACUGUUUCUUGAAAAUAAAUUAUUCAUAUUUUUUCUUAAGUGAA